AUGCUACAUAUGCUGCAAGCUGCAACCCUACAACAGUCUCACCCACCCCUCUAUCCCUACAGCCCGUGCCAUAUCGCUCACCAAGCUGUAGGCAGCAAACAGCAAGUAAAAGAGAUGAGUUCCCCCAAAGACGACCAUGACCUGUUGUUCCAGGGGUAUCAUGAACGGGUAAGAGCCAUCUUAAAGCACCUAGUUUUCGACAUGCAACUUAAUCCUCUCCACCCGCUCGUUAUCAGCUUCAGCCACCACUUGGAGAUGACGACGGCCUACGACGAGUACCUCAGGGCUCUGGAGGUGAGCCCCCCGAACCCUCAGACCCUGAAGAUGGUUUGCUAUCGUGGGGUGGACCUUCAGUACAGAUACAGUGACAAAGUAGCAACUUCCUUGUAUGAAGAGGAACACAGCCCAAGGGACAAUGGAUGGGAAAGAGAACAGGGGAAGAGUGAGUAUGAACAUCAGAAUGGAAAGAGUUGGGAGACAGAUGGGAGGGAUAGACAGUAAUUGUCUUGAUUUAAAACUCUAAGAUGCUGUUUUU